GGGAGGAUAGGAAUUUUCGAGCUCUUUCCACGGAAUUUGCCCUGUUAAAUCUCGGUUCUGUCAUGGCGGACGAAACGGACCAAGAAGGAGAAUGGCUUGACUUCUCUUCGUCCAAUUUUGAAAACGAGGGAAAGCUUUUCGAGCCAACAAAAGAAGAGCAUCAAACCGAAGGCUUUAAAGAAGACUUAGAGCAUGAUACAAGCGUCUGUAGUAAGCUCGAAAGCGUACGCGAACUGCUACAACAAUCACUACCAGACACCGCAUAUGUGCGUCAAAAACCAAGUUCUCCGCAAUGUACUCCAAAUUCGUCGGCUAUAAAUGAAUCAUGUAAACACUGGUAUGUAAUCUAUUGCUUUCAAAAUAAAGUAAAUUCCACAACCUAAAAUUGUGGAUUUUUUAUUGUUCAGCAAUUCAUCUGAUUUGAUUGUUGUGUCUGUUUCGAUUGACAGGAUUUGGGUGAAACUCAUUUCAAAUCUGAACGCAGUUCGUCAGGCAAAAUGGCCUGGUUCCUGUUUAGAAGAGUGCUACUGUCGAUCUUUACAGAUUUCAAAGGAUAUAGUAAGUAAGACCUUAAAUACAAAAGGAAGUUUAUAUAUUUUGUUGUUUAUUUAUAAAAGUUGAAAACUUGAAAUAAACAUGGAAUGUAAAUUGACCUCCAAAUUGCCAGACACCGGACCGCCGUAAAAACAAAUAUAAUUGACUGUUAUUACAAUAUUUGGUGAUUAAAGUAAGUCCGUUAUGUUUAUUAUGAAAAGAAUAUUAACUGUGAAUUAUGAAAAGAAUAACUGUCACACAAAGGAAAACAAGAAGGAAGAAAAAUUUGCAGAGAGAAGAAAAUAAAUAUACCUUUAAAGGUGAUCUACAGUCCGAUCUGUGCAUGUGCACAAAGGAACCCACUUUUUAUGAUACAAACAGUUUAGCUAUGUUUUGGGUUCUUGAAAAGCCUGAUUAUUGUUUCUUGAUCAUUUAUUAUACUGUAGAAGCUUGAAAAUAUAAAUAGUUGUCGAAUAAAGCUCAAUAUUUUGGACACAAAAAUGUAAACAAAGGCUUUGUUUACAUACGGACUGUAGAGCACCUUUAAAAUUCUGCCCCUCACCCCCUCACUAUUUUAAUGCUGCUGCCCCUAAGCUGCAGAAUAGAUUAUAGAAAGCUGGAGUGCAUUGACAUGACGAAACAGCUCGGUGAACACCAGUGGUGAACACACAUCUGUACCUCGUUUAACAAGAUUGACAUAGUCAAGUUACACGGCUAUACAUUGUAUUAUUAAAUGUCAUUUUUUGUUAUCUAUUGUAGAAUGAAAGAGAACAGCCACAAAUAGCCUUUGAUAAUUCAUGUAGAGAUUUUUUCAAUUUUCAUGGAAUUUUAUCAACUAAUCAAGAACCUAAUAGAACAAACGAACUUGUUAGUACAGAGUCAGAUAAUGAACUUGUAAAUAGAAAUGGAACUAAACAUAGAGACACUAUGAAGUCACUUGAUUUAACAAGUACAGCUAAAGAUGAGUUGGCGAGGUCGUUAGAUGGUGAUUUUGAAGAUCUUGGUGCAGAGUUAGAGUGGUCAGAUAAUGAUGUAAAGGAUGAUACUUCGUUAGGCAAUACAUCUUUGUCAUCUUCAGGAAUAAAUAAGAACGAAGCAACUGCAGGUAAUGUAACACUCGCAGAUUACAGAUGAAAACAAUGUUUAUUCUCACAUGAAACUUUCAUUUUCGUCAAGAACAUUAAUGAAAUUUUGGGCUACAAGAACAUUUGAAUUGAUUGUAAUCCAAUCAUUCGAUUGGCUUACUAAUUUUAACUAGCAUCGCAUUCAUUGCUUGAGUUAAAUAUCAAAACUUUAAAACAGCUGCAUUGAAGCUUAAUGGUUAACAAGAGACAUGGGGGGGAGUUAGUCUGGUUGACCCUUUAAUCAUUAUUUAAUGUGAAAGACUCUACUCUUGAUGAGUAAAAUUAUCUGGAGUUUGACAGGAUAAAAUAGCAAUGUAGGGCUCAUUUGGGCACAUUAAAUGUCAUUAAAGCUUAAUAGGUUAAUAACUUAAUGCCAACAUAUAUUGCACUCAAUACUGUAUAUUUUAUUCUUUGUUAUGUCUUGUUUGAAAGUCAUAUAUGAAGUCUUUUAUAUUUAUCUUUAAAUAGCACUCAAUGAAGUAUAAUUUUUAACUAAAAACUGUUAAAUGUUAUUAUUCUGUAGAAUUGCUUUGCCUCCCGUAUCAUGAAAUUCUCCGUCUUCGAGAUGAACUGAAGGGCUAUACCAAACAAUACUCAGAUAUUCUUGUUGUAGAGCUGGAAAACCGUGAUGCUUACAUACGAGAGAAAGAACUUAAAAAUGAUUUCAUAUCAAGCUUUUUAUCAGUGCAAGAAAAACUAAGAGAAACUACUGCAGCACAAAAUAAAAAGAAAUUUUCGUUGCAGUUGAAUAAUCCCCCAAACAGUCAGGUUUGUAUUUGACAUUCAAAAAUCAUUAAUAAUUCAUGAGGAAAACACAAAGAAAAAUCAUAAGCGUGUCGUAUCUUUAUGUGUGAUAGAGAUUUCCCUUGAUUUACAUAAACUUUAACUUUGAUUUUUAUAAUUACUGUGCCAAUGAACUCAUAAGAUGGGUAAUUUUUUAAACCAUUUAAACACUUGGUAGUCCGUGCUUUAUCUCAGAUAUAAGACACUUGGCUAUCGACACUACUCUUUCUUUAGAGCUUAACUACAAUACCAUAUGAAAUUACAAAUGAUGGCCCAAGUACUGAUAUUUUGAAGAAGCUCAUUGAAAGUAUGUGCACCAUGUUUACAAAUACUGUAUAUGUAUAAUUUUCAGUUUACUGGGCAAAGUUUGAUGAUAUUUUCAUGUUUGUUUUUAUUAGUUAUGGAUGCAAUGAGAACAAAUAGUCCUAACGUUCCAACCCUUUUAACAGAUUAUAUCCUUAAAGGUAAAUUAUCAUUUGUUCAGUAAUAAAAUUUGUCUCUUGAUAAGGUAAAUUGACAACCAUGGGGCACACAUGGGGGCACAUCAGAGUACAUUAUGGCUCAGACUAAUUGAUUUUAUUUUAAUUAUUUUCACUAGUCUUAUGCAAAUGACAAAGUGUCCAUAUAAAAAAUCCAUCAACCUGGUCUUGAAAAUAUUGUGCGUCUGAAAAAUUGAUUGAAACAUGUUGAAAACUGGAUAAAAACUUGUUGAAAACUGGAUAAGAACUUCACAGAAGUCGGAUUGGCCACGUGGUACAUUGUCAAAUAAAUUAGAAAAUGAUAGAAAAUUAUUUGUAUGUAGUGCAAUUAGAGAGAUGAUAUGAAUUAUUGUAGGAUUUGGUGAAAUAAUGAAAUUGUAUAAACUUAAGGUGAUUUUUGUAAAGCAUAGUAAUAUAUUAUAUAUAUACUUCAGGUAGUGUAAAUUAUUUUGUAUUUUUAUAACUAGGAAAAUAAUAAAAUUUUUAUUGUAUUAUUUUUAUUUCUUUUUAAGUUAAAACUUCAUGACAUCAUUUCACAUUUGUUUCCCUCAUUUCGUUCGUUUUUCUGUCUGCCAUAGACUGGCGUCUUCCAAAGGUAUUUUCUGUUGCAUCGCUUUCUAAAU